AUGGGGGAAGAGCUUGGAUCCCACCGAGCCACAGCUGUGGAAGAGACCUGCCCUGGUGCCCCUGCCAUCCAUAAUCAUGAGCUGGAAGCAGCCUGUGGGAAGCAUGGUCCCAGUGAAGGAAGGGAAGGAUUUCAGAGCACAGAAGCUGGAGCUGCCGGUCAGUUACACCUCCUGCUCAUCAGAGAUACAGGAAAUGCAUUUGCAAGGCCACCUCACACCCUAAGCAAUAAACGAAUGAGCCUGAGAACCAGCAGCACCAGUGCCCAAGGCCUGGAGAAGGAGGAUGUCUCAGGUCAAGCGAUGACAGCAAAUUUGCCGGACCUCUGGCUUUCUGGUCUACGGGAGCAGGCAGCAGAUUGGACGAGGCCCACUCACACUGGUCAGGAGGGUGGGGACCAGAGAGGCCACGAACCUCAGGGAACCCCCGCGACCAAGCCGGCAGAGUGGAAUGGGGACUCUCUGGAGCCAAGAGGCCCCUGUGUGCAGGGACCUCCGGGCUCGUACCUGGCCUCCGGGAACAGCAGUGGGGCGCCCGGUGCCGAUUUCUUCAGCUCUGCCUGUGAAAAGGCCACAGGAACGAGUACUUCCUUCCAGACUCUUGCAAAUGGAGAUGUGUCUGGGGUGUUGUCAGUGUCUGUGUCCCCUGGUUCCUGGCACCUGGGCUCUGGGCAGGAGAAAGCCUUCCAGAUCUACAAGGCCUGCAUGGACGCAGGUGCCACUGAGGCUGCAGGGGCUGGUCCCCUCGGACAAGGUACUGAGGAGCUCGGAUGCUGGCGAAUCUCUGGGAACUGGACCUCCUUGGGCUUUAACUGAACUGUGAGACUUCUGAUGAGUCCGUACCAUUACUUCCCAUUCUUCAGAGCCUAUCGGCGACCUCACCCCAGCCUGCCACACGCUCCAGUCAUCCAGAUAGACCAACCAGAGUUUGACAUUCCCCUCAGGCAAGAGCAGGAACAGCAGAUCUAUGCUCAGAUUGUGUGGAAAUACCUGGCCUCCCUGAUCUGGCUGGGAACUUUGCUGGGAGGAGACCCAAGCAAGUUGCAAGAACAUGCCUCCUUGUCCAUCACCAUUACCUCGAAGCUGUUUCAGUUUCUGAGGCCCCUGGAGCAGCGGUGGGCCCAGGGGAAGCUCUUCCAGAUGGUCACUGUUGACCAGCUUCAGGCAAUGGACCCUCCCAUCGACUGGUUGUCCUGCUUGCAAGCGACAUUAACACCCAUGUCCCUGAGCCCCUCCCAGCCCCUUGUGGUCCAUGACCUGGAGUAUUUGAAAAAUAUGUCACAAUUAAUGAAAGAGCACCUGUUGGAGCACAGGGACUUUCUGCAGAGCCACAUGAUCUUGGGCCUGGUGGGGGCCCUUUCUCCAGCCUUGGACAGUAAAUUCUAGGAGGCACGCAGAAUACUGAACCAGAAACUAGGAGAGCUGGCUGAUCGACCACCCAUGCCUGCCCACCAGCGAUGGAUGGAGUGCAUGGAGGAGACAGGAACCUUCUUUGAACCUACUCUGGCAGCCUUGUUUGUUCAUGAGGCCUUCUGCCCGGGCACUCAAAGUGCUAAGAGCCCUGAAACAGGAGAAAAGUCCUGGGAAAGGCUGUUUCUGCCACGUAUACUCUUUGAUGACUGCGCAAGUUGCAUGAAAGUUGCCUGUGAGCAUGCAGGGGAUACUCGGUUACAUGUGACAGCAGCAGGGUGUGUGUGCCAUGGCCUCAACUUGCUUCUCGAUGACAUCAUGAAGCUGGCCUUUUGCCAAAGGAUUGCGAGAAGAGCCAGAGUGUUUCGAAACUUGCAAAAGCCAUCAUUACUGAUGUCUUCAAGAAGAAGCCAAAGGAAAACAUUUGAGAAUUAA